UUAUAUUCUUUGACUUUCUCACCCCUUCUUUUGCAUCUCGCCCAUCCUUUUCUUCUUCUUAUUAUUUUAUUUUAUCACUGUUUUCUCACCAUAGAAUCAACUCUUAUUAUCUUUCAUAAUGAGCCUUGGUCAAUUACCUGCAGCAACCGACUUUGCUGCAACCUGGAAUUAUUUGGAAGAAGGUCUCGAUCAGAUUAUGAAUCGUUUCGAUGAAGGUCUUACCAGUGUACGUUAUACACUUCUUUAUAGUGCUGUCCACAAUUUUUGUGCUAGAAGUCAUAAUACCAUCUCAUCUGCUUCUUUUGGUGCAGCCAAUCCACAACGAGGAUCAGCUAAUCUAAUCGGUGCCGAAUUAUACAAUAGCUUGACACAAUAUUUGGAAGCUCAUUUGAAGAAUAUUCGUUUGGAAUCUGAACAAUACAUGGACGAAGACUUAUUACAGUAUUAUACGAGACAAUGGGUACGAUAUACCACCGCAGCUCGUUUGAUCAACAACAUCUUUAUGUAUCUCAACCGUUACUGGGUCAAACGCGAAAUCGAUGAAGAUAAAAAACAUGACGUAUAUGACAUUUUCACUCUCACCUUGGUGACUUGGAAACGCAUUUUAUUCCAAUAUGUCCAUCAUAACGUUAUAGCCGCAGUAUUGAAAUUAAUUGAACGUCAAAGAAAUGGUGAAUCUAUCGAAACUGGUUUAAUCAAAAGUGUGGUGGAAUCAUUUGUUGCAUUGGGUUUGGAUUCAAAGGAUACUACAAAGUCGAACUUCUCUGUCUAUAAAGAAUUCUUCGAAACUCCCUUUAUUGAAGCAACUGAAGUCUAUUACAGAACUGAAUCUGAAAAGUUCGUCAGCGAAAACAGUGUUCCCGAUUAUAUGAAAAAGGCUGAAUCUCGUUUACUUGAAGAAGAAAACCGCGUGGAAAUGUACUUGCAUGAAUCUACUCACAAAACUCUCAUAUCAACAUGUGAAAUUGUCCUAGUCAAAAAUCAUUCUGAAGUUAUAUCUGAUGGAUUCCAACAUUUGCUUAAUCUGGAUAAACAGGAUGAUCUUCAUCGAAUGUAUGCUCUUCUGGCACGUAUACCUGAUGGUUUGGAUCCUCUUCGUAUCAAUUUUGAAAGUCAUGUACGGAAGGCGGGACUUGGUGCUGUUGAACGUAUUGGUCAACAAGAAAAAGAAGCUGUGGAUCCGAAAACUUAUGUGGAAGCACUCUUGGAAGUUCAUAGGCAAUAUAAUGAUUUGGUACAAACUGCAUUUAAUGGUGAAGCUGGAUUUGUAGCGUCAUUGGAUAAAGCUUGUGGUGAAUUUGUCAAUAGAAACAAAGUGUGCAAGACAUCCACUUCAAAAUCUCCAGAAUUACUGGCAAGAUUCUGUGAUUCCUUAUUGAAGAAGAGCGCCAAGAAUCCUGAAGAAAAUGAACUGGAAGAUGUUUUGAACAGUGUGAUGACUGUAUUCAAGUAUGUGGAAGAUAAGGAUGUAUUUCAAAAGUUUUAUUCUAAAAUGUUGGCAAAACGAUUGGUUAAUGGCACUUCUGCAUCCGAUGAUGCUGAAGGCAGUAUGAUCUCCAAAUUGAAAGAAGCUUGUGGAUUUGAAUAUACAUCAAAAUUGCAACGUAUGCUUACGGAUAUGUCACUUAGCAAGGAAUUGAAUGAUCAAUUCAAGGAUGUUCAAUCACAUCAUGAAACAUCUGGUGCCAAUGCUGAUUUCAACGUACUUGUACUUGGAGCUGGAUCUUGGCCUUUGAACCCACCAACCACCAACUUCAAUAUUCCCGAUGAUGUUGUGAAAAUGUAUGAUCGAUUCCAAAAGUUUUAUCAAAAUAAACAUUCAGGACGCAAAUUGAACUGGUUAUUCCAAUUGUCAAAAGCUGAACUCAAGACAAACUAUCUUAAAGCAAGCAAGACUGGAUAUGCCUUGCAGGUCUCUGCAUAUCAAAUGGGUGUGCUUUUACAAUACAAUAAUGCCACCAGCUAUGCAUAUGAAGAACUUCAAAUUAAUACUGGAUUAUCUCCUGAUGCUAUGAAUCCUGCUCUUGGUAUCCUUGUCAAGGCUCGUGUACUUCUCUUAACGAAUGGUGAAAAAGUGGGUGACGAAGGAUCUCGAUAUGAACUUAACUUUGAUUUUAAGAGUAAAAAAGUGCGCAUCAAUUUGAACUUUUCUAUGAAGACAGAACAAAAAGUGGAAACGGAUGAAACUCACAAGACGAUUGAAGAAGAUCGAAAGUAUUUGAUGCAGGCUGCGAUUGUUAGAAUUAUGAAAACACGAAAAGUGAUGAAACAUAUUGCCCUUAUUGAAGAAGUGAUUACUCAACUACAAUCCAGAUUCAAACCUAAAGUACAAGAUAUCAAGAAAUGUAUUGAUAUACUACUGGAGAAGGAAUUCAUUGAACGAGCUGAAGGACAAAAGGAUAUGUAUAGUUAUGUUGCUUAGUUUUUUUAGUUACCUUUUAGUUAUCUUUAAUGACAUUUAUAUUCCAUCCUUCUUUUUCUUCUUCUUUUUUUUAUACACACACACACACAUACAC